CUCCGAUGCUUCGUCGUGCUGGACAAUCCCUUUCGUCCGCAGCUGGGCGCCGGGCGUUCUCCCAGUCUGCGGCCCGCCGCUCUUAUGAUGACACUAUCCGGAAUCUCCUUAUCCACAAAGACACUAAGGUUUUGUGCCAAGGUCUCACCGGAAAGACUGGUACUUUCCAUGUAAAAGAGGCACUCGAGUUCGGCACUCGCAUGGUCGGCGGUGUUUCGCCCAAGAAGGCCGGCCAGACCCACCUCGGCCUUCCUAUCUUCGGUUCCGUGAAGGAGGCCGUGCGGGAGACCCAGCCUGAUGCUACUGUCCUCUACGUUCCUCCGCCCACCGCAGCGGACGCCAUCCUUGAGGCCAUCGAGAACGAGAUCGGUCUCAUUGUCGCGAUUACGGAGGGCAUUCCCCAGCAGGAUGAGGUCAAGAUCCACCAAGCUCUCAGGAGCCAAUCCAAAUCGCGUCUAGUUGGCCCUAACUGCCCUGGUAUCAUCAACCCUGAAGGAUGCAAGAUGGGUAUCCAGCCCGGCAUCAUCCAUAAGCCCGGCCGCAUUGGCAUUGUGUCACGCUCGGGCACCCUCACCUACGAGGCCGUCGCGCAAACGACGGGCGUUGGCCUUGGUCAGUCGCUUGUCGUUGGUAUUGGUGGUGACCCCUUCCCUGGCACCAAGCACAUCGAUGUUGUAAAGCUGUUCCUUGAGGACCCCAGGACUGAGGGUAUCGUCCUUAUUGGCGAGAUUGGUGGUGGUAUGGAAGAGGAGGCUGCCGAGUAUCUCGAGAAGUACAACAAGACGCGGGCGAACCCCAAGCCCGUCGUCGGCUUCAUCGCUGGCCGUACCGCUCCCCCUGGCAGGCGUAUGGGCCACGCUGGCGCCAUCAUCUCUGGCGGCAAGGGUGCGGCGUCCGACAAGGUUGCGGCCCUCGAGAAGGCAGGCGUCCUCGUUACCGACAGUCCCGCAAAGAUUGGUUCCACAAUGCUGAAGGCCAUGCAAUCGGCUGGUCUCGCAUAGAUUGGUUUAGAGGGAGAUCAUACUGCUAGCAACCCACUUCCAGGUCUGCUUACGUAAAUAGACUUAGGAUAUGGUCAUUGUAACUUGCACUGGGGCCUGCUUAUUCGUUAUACUCCGCUGCCGGUCCCGCGUACUUAUACCACCAUGUCCACCAUCUAUAAUCCAUCUUCUGCGUUUCAAGAGGCCGCAAAGUAUCUCUCCAGCGCGUCGGCCUUGAGCUCCACGUCUAAUACCAUCAAACUCGAGCUCUAUGCCACCUUCAAGUACUUGACGGUGAGCCCCAGUCCGAACACGCCUAGGCCAUCGCUAUUGGACUUCACCGGGAAGGCGAAAUGGGACGCGUGGAAGUCCGCCGGGGAGGCGUACAAAGGCAGGCCUGCGGAUGCUGAGGCUCGCUACCUAGAGAUUGCGCGAAGUCUAGGCUGGGUCGAAGGGAAAGACAUUGCGCCUAUCCAAUCAAAGGCAGCAGAAGCGCAUGAUGAUGCGAACGAGCCUGCAGACGAGGAGGACGACAUCUGGGACAAGGACGAAGACAUUGAGGCGCGGAAAAGGAGGGGAGACGGAGGUGCGAUGGGCCCCGUGAUGAGUACGAUGUCUGCGGGCGACGAGGAAAACUCGAGUGUCCUCAGCAACCUUGCCAUCGCGGGCGACGUGCAGAGCCUCGUUGCGUAUCUGGAGGCACAUCCGGAAGCGGUCGUCGACACGCCAGACGAAAAUGGUUAUACUCCCUUGCAUUUAGCGGCGGACCGUGGACAUCUCGCAGUGGUGAAGGCGCUGCUUGAGCGAGGGGCGCAUAAGGAUAUCAAGGACGAGGACGACCUCACAGCGAAAGAACUGGCGGAAAUCGCAGGACAUACUGAAAUUGUAGACCUGCUGUCGAAUGCGCAAAAUGUACCAAUAUGACCCUUCACCCCACCGCAACCGUCCCUCCCCGCAUCGUUGCUUCCCUCGUGUCAUCGUGACAUGCCAGUGUAUCUAGAUUGGUUGGAAAGCAGAGCCCUGUGCGUCCGGGGUCGAGAGUGUGUCUGUGCGUGGAGUACACCAGCUUGGAUACGGGGCGCGUUCCGUCCGUCAUGAGACCGUGUAUCAUGCGGAAGGCCGUGACGCAGCCUUUGGUCGUGGCGUAGCGGGUGCCUUAGAGACGGCCUUGGAUGGAGCUGGUGCUUUUGGAGCGACCGCCGAUGCAGGCGGAGAUGGUGGAAGAAUACCGCCCAUUUGAAGCAGCUUCGUCACAGUUUUGCUUGGAGUGGCACCGACGUUCAGCCAGUACUUGAGCCUCUGCACGCUCCAUUGGAUUGUCUUCGUACUCUCUCCGGGAUUCAGGUGCGGGUUGUAGAUGCCAAGCAGCUCAAUGGGCUUUGCGUUCCGCCGCUGGCGUUGAUUUACGGCUACGAUGUGGAGAAUGCGGUUGUUGCGGAGGCCGUGCAUAGCCAUGCGUAUCCGGACAGCCAUGGUGGAGCGUAGAGAGAGGGAGGGAGGCAAAGGGAGGGCCCCCACGAAGUCGAGUAGAGCCACUGACACGGAGAGG